CACUGUUCCAGGUCGCUCCUGCAACUCUAUCGCAGGUUCUCUGUCGCACACUCAGCACCGCUAAACCAGCUGAUACCCUUGUCUUUCGACGCGGCCCUCUUUUCCCUUGACCAUGCAGGCCUUCGGUGAGCAAUGUCAACGCUGCGGCUGCGCUCAGUCGCAUUUGCGGCGCAAACGCUCACAAUACCAGUACCCAAGAAUCGCCGUCCCAAGUUCGACCUGCACCUGAGAAUCGUCGACCUUAACAAUGUACCGCUCACUUCAGGGAAAUGCUUUGUAAAAUGGCACCUCCCACACUCGGCCGCCGCAGAGCACCGUGGCAAGACAGACCACUGCCUGAUCAAGGAGCACAAAGUCCAGUACAACUAUGACAUCACACUACCCGUCCGGCUCACGGUCGACAAGAACGGGAUGCUGCAGGAGAACUUGAUUGAGUUCGAGGUCGUCCAAGAGUACUCGAAUUCUGGCAGAGGCGAGCGGAUAACGCUGGGCAACGUGAAGCUCAACCUGGCCGAAUACGUGGAGCAGAGCGAGCUGGCAGCUGCCGAAGGCGAUGACCCAGGAGUAACACGACGGUACCUCAUGCAGAACAGCAAGAUCAACAGCACGCUCAAGCUUGGGAUAUACAUGCGACAGACAGAGGGCGACAAGAACUUCAUUGCGCCAGCCUUGAAGACAGCGCAGGUGUUCAGCGGUAUUGCGGGCAUCAUGGCUGGAGAGCAGGCAGAGCUCGAGGACAGCGGCGCUGCACCAUCGCUGACGAGCAAGUCGAGGGAUGCAAGCGAGCUGCAAGACAUGUACAGGCGCACACUCGCAGCAUAUUGGUCUGCGCAGCCUGGCGAGCUCAAAGCAGACGAGUGCAUCGAGGACAUCUUCGCUGGCGGAGACGGCUGGGGCGAUCGCGCAAAACCGUACUCACCGCAGCGCGGCGGCAUACGGUUCACGACAGCUACAGGCGAUAGCAGUGCUUCUGUAAGCGGAGACGAGCGACACGCGCAAGGGAGUCAGCGGUUAUUUCGCAAGUCGCAGGAUACACUGCGGCCCGGGAGUACACAUUCAGGCUCGCCCAAGCAGCACGUUCGCGGGAGAGGGAGUUUAGAGCAGCAGGCGCACCACAUGAAGGCCGAAGCAGAGAGGAAACGGCAUCGUCCACACCACGAAGUCGACGAGUUUGAGCUGCGGCAGGACCUGUGUAGUUGGAAGCGACCAAUAUAGAUGGAAGGCUAGGGGUAAUAGAAAGCAAUAUAUG